AUGGUUAAAGCAUUGAUACAUGGUGGUGGAUGUGCUUCCCAGGGUGGUAAAGUUGUAUAUAAAGAUAAGGAGAAAGGAUCCGGACUAUCCGACCAUCCGGACUGCUAUUCAUCAUCAUCUAGUCAUAAUACUUCCCAAGCUUCCCAUAUCCUAUAUGAUCCACAUAUCAACGGCAAUGUUGUAUGUGCACUUGCGGUUGUGAACUUCCACCCCUAUCAUGGUCCUUGUAUAGAGUAUGUGUAUAGUCCUGAAUUAACUGAAGAGGACUGUACAUCCUUAGUUGAAUUGAGUGAUAAUACAUCUAAUAGAAUAGGUUUAUCUACCUAUCCUAAUAUAGAUCCAUAUACCUCUAUAGAGUAUGAUAUAAGAUCACUUAAGACGGAUUUAGCAUCCAUACUACCAUGGAUACCAAUGUUAGCCCUACCUGAUGGUGCACAUAGUAAUACUAAGCCUGACUAUGUCUAUACAAUACUACCUGCAUAUUGUGGAGAGCUCAUGUAUGGUGUAUCCAUAUACUACCGUAUACCAGCUACACAAGUAUCACAUACUGAGGAGGACGACACGCUUAUUACAAGAGGCUACUUGCAGAAAGCUGUAAUGGUGAUAUCGAAAGCACCCUUCUUUGAUCCUAAUGAGUUAUAUCGUGGUAUUGAUAUCAUAUCUCUUAUUCGCAACUUAGGAGAUAAGAUAUGGUGGAUUGUGAAGGCAGUUAUGCUUGAGAGACGUGUUAUAGUGUAUUCAUCUAAGGCUAGAGUAGCAUCUAGUUGUAUAUUGGCAAUAUUAGCCUGUCUACCACCUGGACAGAACUAUCUACGUUAUAAUAGUCCUGGAUUUGGUAUUUCAUCAUAUACACUAGAACGGUAUGGUCUACCUUUAUCCAUCUUUAAUAAGAGAUGCCCAGUAUACACCUAUGUAUCAUUAGAGCUUAUGGACUAUCUAUAUCAAUGUCGAGGAUUCCUUAUUGGUACCAGUAAUUCCCUCUUACUAUCUCAUCGUAGUCUACAAGCUGAUCUUAUUGUGGAUAUGGAUAAGAGCACUGUAGUAAUUAGUACUAAGAAGGCUGGUAAGGAGUUAAACAAGAUGUUAAGACUAGAUAAAGGGGAGAAGAAAUUGAUGAAGACCAUACAUGGAUUUACUCAUGGAAUACCUCAUAUCCUACCUCCUCCUCCUACUACUACCAACCGUCCUCAUUUACCUCUAGCAUCAUAUACAACAGUGCAUGAUAACAAGAUGACUGAUGAUAUCAAUCUAGAUAAUCCUCCCUUAUCUAGAGAUCCAUUAUAUAAUGGUGCUCAGCAUCAUCAUCAUCAUCAACAGCAGCAGGUCUAUGAUAUACCUCUAUCAUUAGAACCAUCUAUUGGAACAACAGGAUUGGAACAACAAGAGGGUAUGGUUAAUGAUGAUACACAUGAUGAGCCUACUACCCAAAGUAUGUCAUCAUCAUCAUCUAGCCACAAUACAACUGAUGGAGAGGAGGUUACUGUAGAGGGAGAUAAUAUUGCAGAUGACCUGUCUGUUAUUAGUAAAGCUACUGAUGAUAUAAUAAGUAGUACUUGGAAUGAUAAUGAUCAUGCUCGUAAUCAGCAGCAGCAUCAGCAUGAUCGUAUACAGUCUACACCAUUUGCUAAUGAAUGGAGGGCUACUAGUAACUAUGCUAAGUGGCGAUCAAAUAAGAUGAUGAUGAUACCUAAUGAUAGUAAGCCAGGCAGGUGUGAGAUACGAUCAUGUGGGGCAGGAGGAAAAGGGUAUUGGCAUAUAAGAUGGGAUAAUGGUGAUGAGUAUAUUGGUGAAUUACUUGAUGGUAAACGUGAUGGUAGAGGAAGAUAUAUCUCCCCAUCACAUCACAUAAUAUAUGAUGGUAAUUGGAGUAAUGAUGUACGUAAAGGUUGGGGUGAACUAGUAUGCGAUGAUGGUGGAUAUAUAUAUGAUGGUGAAUGGAAAGAUGAUAAAAGGGAGGGUGAGGGUAGAAGUGCUCAUAAAGCUACUGGGGAAAAGUAUAGUGGCCACUUCUCUAAUAAUCGUUAUCAUGGUUAUGGAUGUUUAGUGGAUACCAAGAGGAACGUAUAUGAAGGGGAAUUCAGAUAUGGUAUGAAGGAGGGUGUUGGACGAUCAACUGAUGCUGAGGGGAAUACUUAUAUUGGAGAAUAUCAUCAUAAUAAGAGAUGUGGUAAUGGCCAAUUACGCUUUAGAACUGCGCCUAACUAUCCAUAUCCAAGAGUUUAUGUAGGAGACUUUAAGGAUGAUGUACCUAAUGGUAGUGGUACUUGUGUAUAUCUUAAUAAAUAUGAAUAUGAGGGAUCAUGGAUAUCUGGACAAAGGUGUGGUAGUGGUAUAUUAACAUGUGUUGAUGAAGGGGUUACUAUUGAGGGUGAAUGGUCCAAUGGUCGUUGUUGUAUAACACGGGUUCAAGUGGCAUACACUAAGCAAGGCUAUAUAUAUGCUGGUAUGUUGGAUGAGGAGGGGUAUGCUAUUGGGCAUGGUAUUUUGAAGGGACCCAAUCAAUACAUGCAUGAUGGAUGUUUUAAUAAGGGUUUACGAGAUGGUCAUGGUAUGGAGGUAUAUAAUGGAGUUACUAUCAAUGGUGUAUGGUCUAAAGGUAAACUUAUUCAUACAACACAAGAAGAUAAUGAUGGUGAUGGUGCAGAGCAGCAGCAUAUAGAAGCUAUUAGCAUCAUUACCAUCAAAAUACCAGAUAUUGUUAUUAAUGGUCAACUAUCUGAUACCUUUCCUCCACCAAUACCUCUUAUACCUGAAUGA